AUGGAGAUUGAUAAUUUAAUCAGACGUAAAGAUGGAAAAAUCCCAUUCCUUGACAUGGCUUUCAACCUUAUAUUCAAAAAAAGAAGAAAAAAGCCUGCAAUCAUUCAAAUCGAUAAUCUAGCAACGUCAAAAAAUGUUCACAAUGAUGAGAAUUGUGAUCGUAUUGAUCAAACAGAUAAUAACAUUAAAUAUAAAGCAGAAGAUAUCUUUUAUGAACAUCCUAAUCUCACCAUCACUACAGUCACAACUGCUGCUACAACUACCGUAAUACCUCUUCCUACCACGCCAGAUAUGCCCAACACAAUUGCCACUUCUACCUCAUCGCAAUCUGGUGGGAAAAAAAGUAUUUUCAAAUGUAGAGUUUUUGGAUGUGAAAAGUGCUAG